UUCCCCUCGACUUCUUCUUCGUCCCGCCUUCUCCAAUUUCUCCCAUUUCCACCGUCCAAACCCUAACGAUCGAACCAGUUCGCAUUAACAUGCUCCAAUUCCAUGAACAGAUCCUCACCGACCUCCUCCAAGAAGAUUCCAAUGGUGGGCUCGUGAUACUCUCCUCAGGCCUGUCCCUCCCCUCCCUCAUCUCCUCCCUCCUCCUCCUCCACUCUCCUUCCCAGGGCACCCUCCUCCUCCUCUCCCCCUCCCUGCCCCUCAAGUCUCACAUCCUCCACCUCCUCCACCAGUCCGAUCCCUCCUCUCAGCCGCCGGCUGAGAUCACCGCCGACCUUCCCGCCCCGAGCCGCCACUCCCUCUACUCCUCCGGUGGCGCCUUCUUUGUCACACCGAGGAUCCUGAUAGUCGAUCUGCUUAUGAGUCGCGUCCCGACUUCGAACGUGGCGGGGAUCAUUAUCCCGCAUGCACACUCUCUGACCGAGACAUCUACUGAGGCUUUCAUCGUUAGAGUUUUGAAGUCCACCAACAGGGACGCCUAUGUCAGGGCAUUCUCUGAUAAGCCGCACUCAAUGGUCUCGGGUUUUGCCAAGGCAGAGCGGAUAAUGAAGUGCCUCUACAUGAAGAAACUACAUUUGUGGCCUAGGUUUCAGGUGUAUGUGUGUGAGGAGUUGGAGAAGGAUCCUCCCGUUGUGGUGGAUAUUAGGGUUCCUUUGUCGAAGCAUAUGGCCGGGAUUCAGAAGGCGAUUAUAGAGGUAAUGGAUGCUUGUCUGAAGGAGAUGAGAAAGACUAAUAAGGUGGAUGUGGAGGAUUUGACUGUAGAAAAUGGGUUGUUUAAAUCCUUUGAUGAGAUUGUGAGAAGGCAAUUAGAUCCCAUCUGGCACACGUUGGGAAAGAAGACAAAGCAGCUCGUUUCGGAUCUGAAGACUCUGAGGAAGUUGCUUGACUAUCUUGUUAGGUAUGAUGCAGUGAGUUUUUUGAAGUAUUUGGAUACAUUGAGGGUUUCAGAAAGUUUCCGGUCUGUGUGGAUAUUUGCGGAGUCAAGCUAUAAGAUAUUUGAGCUUGCCAAGAAGCGGGUUUAUCGGUUUGUGCGGUCAGAUGGUGCUAAUGUUAGUGGCAAUAGUAAACACACAACCAGGAAAAAGAGAAAAUUAAAUGGAGAAGAGAGUAACACUGAAUCAGCAACUGCUGGUUCUUCCUCAACAAAUUCUAGUGGCAGUAUACUUCUGGAGGAAGUGUUAGAGGAGGCGCCAAAGUGGAAGGUGCUACGAGAUAUUCUUGUGGAGAUCGAAGAGGAAAAAAAGAAGGAAGUUUUGUUUAGGAAAGAACAUCUUCUUGAGGGCGAGGAACCUGAUGGCGGUAUUGUCUUAGUUGCAUGCAAGGAUGAACGGUCAUGCAUGCACCUGGAAGACUGCAUCACAAAAAGCCCCCAGAAGGUCAUGCGAGAAGAAUGGGAGAAAUACUUGCUGAGCAAAGUUGAGCUCCGAGAAGCACAAACGCGUUAUAAAAAGAAACCGAAGGAUCCUAAAGGUUAUGGCAUUCUUGAUGGAGUUGUUCCAGUAACGCCUGCACAGAAUGCGGAAGCUAGUGGCAUAAACAAGCUGGAACACGAGGCACUUUUAGCUGCAGCAUCAGAAAUAAGAAAUUUGGCUAAAAGAGAUAGCAGUCAAGAUAACCUUGAGCAUAAUGUUACUGAAGGAAGUGCAAAAGGAAAAAAACAGAGGUCCGGGAAAGGAAGAGGAAACAGCAAGAAUUCCCCUAAUAGAAAUGACACCAGCCAGAAAAAUGAUAAUCCGUCAGAUCCAGGCUCUGUAGGUGAUGGUCCAACUGAUGAAUUCAAUCAGGAAACUACUAGUAAUAACUGUGAAGAGGUUCUGCAGCAGAAUAAUCGGGUGGCUGAUGAGACAGGGCCCAAAACUAAUAAUGGGUCGCCACCACUGCACUUUUAUGCUUUAGAAAGUGAUCAACCCAUAAUUGAUAUAAUGAAGCCCUCUGUCAUUAUUGUUUACCACCCAGACAUGACUUUUGUGAGGCAAAUCGAAGUUUACAAAGCAAGUAAUCCCUCGAAGAAGCUGAAAGUCUAUUUCCUCUUUUAUGAAGAAUCCACUGAAGUCCAGAAGUUCGAGGCAAGUAUUCGGAGGGAAAAUGGAGCAUUCGAGUCUCUGAUCAGGCAGAAAUCGUUGAUGAUGAUACCGGUCGAUCAGGAUGGUCACUGUGUAGGAUUGAAUCCUUCUUUAGAGCCACAGGCUUCAUCUUUACAGAACUCCAUAACCCGAAAGGCAGGUGGAAGAAAGGAAGUUGAGAAACAAAUGCAGAUUAUAGUGGACAUGAGGGAGUUCAUGAGCAGCCUCCCCAAUGUCCUACACCAGAAGGGCAUGCGAAUAAUACCAGUGACUUUGGAAGUAGGGGAUUACAUCCUCUCACCUUUGAUCUGUGUUGAGCGGAAGAGUAUCCAAGAUCUUUUCUCGAGCUUUGCUUCUGGGCGCCUCUACCACCAAGUGGAAACAAUGGUUCGCUACUACAGAAUACCAGUUCUUCUAAUUGAGUUCUCACAAGACAGGAGCUUCUCAUUUCAGUCGUCAAGUGAUAUUGGGGAUGAUGUCACUCCCACUAAUAUAAUGUCAAAGCUAUCAUUGCUUGUGCUUCAUUUUCCACGAUUGAGGAUUAUAUGGUCCCGCAGCCUUCAUGCAACUGCUGAGAUAUUCUUCACAUUGAAAGCGAACCAAGACGAGCCUGAUGAGACCAAGGCGAUGAGAGUUGGCGUCCCUUCAGAAGAGGGCGUCGUGGAAAAUGAUGUGAGAGCUGAGAACUACAACACAUCAGCUGUAGAGUUCUUGAGGCGACUCCCAGGAGUGACGGAUUCAAACUACCGGGCUAUAAUGGAUGGGUGCAAAAGCUUGGCGGAGCUCGCACUCCUUCCCGUGGAGCAGUUAGCUGAGCUAAUGGGCGGACAGAAAGCUGCUCACACUCUUCGGGAUUUCCUCGAUGCAAAGUAUCCGACCCUGCUCUGAUAAUUAUAUUUCGAAGAAAUUCUUCAAACUGUACGCUUACGGGAGGAAAAGACGAUCUAACUGGGAACAGGAUUAUUAUGACUGUUGUAUUGUAAUGUAUUGUUGGCAUUGGUCAGAUUGUUGUGGAACAUGAGAAAUUAGGAUUUUUUUUCAGGAAUUGAUGUAUUCUUCAUUUUUAGGAGGAACUUGGAUUUGAAGGAGAGCAAUUGUAAAUAUUUAUUGUUCAUUAGUUAAAAAUUGGAGGUCUCAUUUUGUGGCCUAUUGGAUUCA